CAGCGUGCACCAACAACCAACAACAAUGGUGUCCUUCGCAGCCCAAUCCUUGCCAUUGCCGAUGCGGUAUGCCUCCACAGCCGCCUUCCCCCUGCAACAGUGGACACCUAUCGGACGCUGAAAUUGAAGAAGAGAAAAGCCAGUUCCCUGGAAUGGUGACUUGUCCCUACACACCUUGCCCUUGCGGAGAGCAAAAGACGUGCUUAAAGCAAGCGAUAUCUUGUUCGUGCACUUGCGUGAAACAUCAUCAAGGUUGCGACUAUGCUUGGCAAAUCACUUGCAUAACGAAAUGCAUAACAAGCGGUCCUAGAUGCCUCUGUGUAUGCGUUGCUCCACGGCCUGAACCACAACCACCCUGCUGUCCUGGAAGUGGUCAAAUAUCCAACCAAGGGUCUUCUCUACCCUGCUGCAAUACUCCGUCAACUCCACGUCCUCCCUGCUGUCGUCAAAAUGUUCAAAUCUCCAGUCAUCAAUCUUCUCUUCCGUGCUGCAACAGCACGCAAGUAGUCUCUUCUCAAGCUUCAAGCCUGCCCUGCUGCCAGCAAAAUUACGGAAGACGUUGAAAUAUUGAAGUAAAUAC